GGAUGGAUCAAAAACAUGAACGUAAUGACUUAUAGCGAAGUCCGCGCCAGUUUUAAACAAGCGAUGGACGAUGUUUGCAGGCACCAUGACCCGACUGUUAUCACCCGCCAGCGCGGUGAACACGUCGUCAUGAUGUCAUUGGCUGAUUACAACAGCAUGGAAGAAACCAUGUACCUGUUGGGUAAUCCGGUGAAUGCAGAGCGUCUGAUGCGGGGUGUUGAACAGAAAGCCCAAAAUAAAGAAGCCGCGAAGCAUAUAAAAUUCGCGUGGACAGAUGAUGGCUGGGACGAUUAUCUGUACUGGCAGGAACACGACGAAAAGAAGGUUGAAGAGAUUAAUGCGCUGCUGGAAGAAUGCAGCCGUGAUCCGUUCAAAGGCACCGGCAAACCGGAACCCCUCAGAGGUAAUUUAACCGGGUACUGGUCACGCCGGAUCGACAAGGAACACCGCCUUGUUUAUUUGCCUGAAGACAAAUGCAUUUAUAUCAUUCAAUGUAGAUUCCACUACGAAAAAUAG